UCACUUCAUUACAAUAUGUUAUGUUAAGAACGUGAUAAAACAGUGUCUCUCACCUUUGACUAAAACAAUCUUGUCUUCAUGGUUAAAGUUGCAGUCAUCGGCGCCGGAGUUUCCGGUAUGGUUGCUGCCAAGGAGCUACAGCAAGAAGGCCACAACGUCAUCGUUUUCGAGAAGAACAACCGUGUCGGAGGAACCUGGAUAUACACCUCUAAAUCAGACUCCGAUCCUCUUAGCAUUGAUCCAACCCGAGAAACAGUUCACAGCAGCGUGUACCUCUCACUACGCACCAAUCUUCCAAGACAUAUCAUGGGGUUCUUAGAUUACCCUUUGUCCAAGCGAGAAUCUGGUGAUCCGAGAACGUUUCCGGGUCAUGAAGAAGUGCUUCGUUUUUUGGAGGAAUUUGCAGAUGAGUUUGGGAUUCAUGAGUUGACCCGGUUUGAAACGGAGGUGGUGAAAGUUGAGAGGAAAGGAGGGAAGGAUUGGGUUGUUGAGUCGAGGGGAGGUGACUCAGUGAGUCGGGAAGUGUUUGAAGCUGUUGUUGUAUGUUCCGGUCAUUAUGUAGAACCGAGACUUGCUGUUGUUCCUGGUAUUGAAAACUUUGGUGGCUUUCAAAUGCAUUCUCAUAAUUAUAGAGUUCCUCAUUCUUUCAAAGACCAGGUUGUGAUUUUGAUUGGGUUAGGAACUAGUUCAUUUGACAUCUCAAGAGAUAUUGCAAGACUAGCGAAGGAAGUUCAUGUUGCAACAAGACCAAAACCAGAUUUGAAGGGUAGGAAGUUAGAAAAUGUUCGCAAUAUAUGUUUCCAUACUUUGAUUAAAUGUGUCUAUGAAGAUGGCUUGGUUGCCUUUGAAGAUGGAUUCUCUAUCUAUGCAGAUGCCAUAAUUCAUUGUACAGGGUACAAAUACCACAUUCCUUUCCUAGAAACAAAUGGAACAGUAACCAUUGAAGAUAAUCGUGUUGGGCCACUAUACAAACACGUUUUUCCUCCUUCACUGGCACCAUGCCUCUCUUUCAUUGGUUUGACCUUUAAGGAAAUUACUUUCAGUGUGAUUGAGUUACAAGCCAAGUGGAUUGCUAGGGUUUUAUCUGGUAAGGUUCUUUUACCUGAUGAAGAAGAGAUGAUGGCUUCUAUUAAAGAUUUCUAUCAAUCCAUGGAGGAAAAUGGGCUAUCCAAGCGUCAAACUCAUUCGCUUCGUCCAUUACAAGGUGACUACAAACAUUGGCUAGUGGAACAGAUUGGGCUGCCUCCAUUGGAAGAUUGGAGGGACAAUAUGUUGAUGGAGUGUUUGAAGAAUUCAAUUGAAAUGAACGAAAUGUUUAGAGAUGAAUGGGAUGAUAAUUAUUGGGAUGCUAUCAUACAGAGUGGAUCAGCUUCUUAACAAGCAAAAACAUUGAAUGUUCCAUUUUUUUUUUUUGAGGGAACAUUGAAUGUUCCAUGUUGAUUGUUAAAUUGGUGUGUCUCAAGAUCAUGUAUUGAACAAAUUAAACAUUUAUUAUUUUAUUUAAAUAACAAUAUAUGAUCAACUAGUGUGAAAAA